AUGGAUGCCACCGAGCCGCACUCCCCCGUGCUCAAGGGCGAGGCGGGCCUGCGCCCGGCCGGCUUCACCAGCCCCUCGCCAUCCGUCUACGCCAUGCACGCCUCCAGCAGUAGCGAGGAGGGGGCGGUGCAUUCCGGGGACCUGGGACCGAGCGGGGCCGGUCCCGGGCUGGAUGCCGCGUACGAGCGGUACGCUUUCUACCCCGGCGCCGCGAUGUUCGACGAUGAGGACGAGGAAGACGAGGGGGCGGAGGACUACGACGCGCCUCGCCACUGCGUCAACUGCACCGCCCCCCUCUGGGACGACGUCUGCCUGGUGGUGACGGUGGUGGCCUACGACGACGCCAUGCUGCUGCACCAGGAGAGCGAGGCGUGCCCCAGCUCGGGCGGCGGGGCACACCCCGAGCGCCCCGAGCGCCUUCGUGCCGUGUGGGCCCGCCUGCAGGCCGCGGAGCUCGCUGAGCGCUGCGUGCGGCUGCCGUCCCGCCCCGCCACCGACGCCGAGCUGGAGGCGGUGCACAGCCGGCGUUUGGUGCGUGGCCUGGAGGCGCUGUCUGAGGGCAUCCGCCGGGCCGAGGAGCGCGAGGAGGAGGGGGAGGAGACGGCGGGCUUUGCUGACGCCCAUCAGCUCGGCGCCGAGAUCUUCGCGGCCGACCCCAGCGUGCUGUACGCCUCCCUGCACCGCCACGAGGGCGGCCGGUUCUACCCCGGCACCGGCGCGGCGACAGACGUGGGGGUGGGCCCGGGCGCGGGUGCCAGCCUCAACGUGGCCUGGCCGCGCGGCGGCCUGACUGACGCCGACUACGCCAUGGCCUUUGCCACGGUGAUCUUACCCGUCGCCCGCGAGUUCGACCCGGACCUCGUGAUCAUCUCGGCCGGGUUCGACGCCGCACAGGGCGACCCCAUCGGCGGCUGCCACCUGACCCCGGGGCUGUUUGCCUCCCUCACCGCGGCCCUGCAGGCCACCGUCGCGCCCUGCGUGGCGGUGCUGGAGGGCGGGUACAACCUGCGCGCCACCGCGGCCUGCACCGAGGCCUGCGCGCGCGGGGCGGCGGGGGUUUGGCGCGACGAGGGUGGGGAGGCCGGCGACAACCUCACGGAGGGCCCCUCCUCUCAAGGCGACGCCGACGCGCUCAGCACACCCGCAGCGCCGGCCUGCUUGGGCGCGCGGCCGCCAUCCCCAGACGCCAGCCUGCUGCACGAGGAGGAUGAUGUCAUUGCUGCGGACGAGGCACUGGACCCUCAUGCGGGCGAGCCACGUGACGCACAGCAAGUCGAGCCGCGUGACGCACAGGAAGUAAAGCUGGUAGACGUAUCUGCACCCAGGGGCGCGAAACCCCCCCGCGAUGUGCCGGCCGCCGCGCGGCUGUUUGCCGCCUCGCCCAACCGGGCGUGGAGUGCGGCGGGCCUGCCCUCCCCGCCGGGCCACCCCAUCCCCUCCCACCGGCCCCCAGGCGCGGUGCACCCCGCCAAGCGCAAGUUUUCCGAGUGCGGGCCGGCGUAG